GCUAAUUUCGACCACGAAUGUUCAGAAAAGUGACCUGCAAGUUUAUCAUGCUUUCAUUGGAUAUUUCGUUUCGAAAUAUUUGCGUUAUAAGCAUAGUACAUGAUUGUGAGGGCCAGUAGUGUGUUGGCUUGCGAGGCUGUGGGGGGCUUGGCAUAACCUGUUAAUACAUAGCAAGACUGGUACAUCUAACUCUUAUUAUAGUUAAUUGAAGAACAUGUGUAUAAUUGUAGCGUGUGUCAGCGGUUGCUUGCGAUAUAUAUAGUGUCGUCUCACCAGCUUUUCUAUGAUUUUCCCGUAGUAAAUUUAUAAGUUAAUAUAAAUAAAAGAUAUUGCGUAGCUGACACUUACUGUAAAAGUGCGUAAAGAUUAGUGAUUAUAGACUGUAAACUGUAAUAUAGACUUAAAGAAUCAGUGAUAAUACUAAAAAUAAUGAAAAGUGUAGCCAAACUUUUUACAACUUCAUUGAUACUUACAAUUGUUUGUGUCAAAAAUGUACAUUUGAGGAAUAAAAAUGGGCAACCGAAAAGACCGAAUGCAUCAUUUCCACAAACUCCGAUGAUGGAACUUCUGGCGCAGUCGAUAGCGCCUAAUAUUGUUCAGCAAAACCCUGGAGACUUGUUUGAUAUACUGCGGGACAAAUAUCCUUUGCCCAAUGGUCUCAAGUCACCGUUUACAGAAUACGACUACAUAAUAGUAGGUGCCGGUUCAGCAGGCUGCGUGUUGGCUUCUCGGCUGACUGAAGAUCCAGAUGUCACCGUUCUGCUUCUGGAAGUGGGAAAACCGGAGAACAUCCUCACAGAUGUGCCAAGUAUAGCUCCAUAUUUCCAACGGACAGAGUACUCCUGGCCUUACUUCAUGGAGCUACAGCCUGGUGUUUGCUUGGGAAUGGAGAACAAUAGAUGCUACUGGCCGCGAGGACGAGCGGUGGGCGGCACCAGCGUCAUAAACUACAUGAUCUACACCAGAGGCCGACCGCAGGAAUGGGACAGGAUUGCCGCCGAUGGGAACUAUGGAUGGUCAUACAAGGACGUUCUACAAUAUUUCAUGAAGUCAGAAAGAGCCAGUCUUCAAGGACUCGAGAAUUCUCCGUACCAUGCCAAUUCUGGUGAACUGAAUGUGGAAUUUGUGCCAGAAAGGACUCGUCUGAUCGACACAUUUUUAGAAGCAGGAAGAAUAUUAGGACACCCUACGGUAGACUAUAACGCUCCGGAGCAAUUGGGUUUCGGAUAUUUGCAAGCAACCAUCCAUGGAGGCAAACGUGUUAGCGCUGCAAAAGCUUUCCUACAUCCUAACAAAAAAAGACCAAACCUUCAUAUUUUACCCAUGAGUACAGUUACAAAAGUACUCAUCGACCCGUCAACGAGAACUGCUUAUGGAGUUCAAUAUGCUAGAAAUCGUUUACGAUACGAAGUAAGAGCGCGAAAGGAAGUAAUACUAUCCGCCGGACCAAUAGCAUCACCUCAGUUACUUAUGCUGUCAGGAGUAGGACCCAAAGACCACCUUAGUCGUCUCGGUAUCCCGGUCAUCCAAGAUUUACCUGUAGGCCAAACAUUAUACGACCACAUUACAUUCCCAGGAUUAGUCUUCACUUUGAAUGUAGCAAAUUUGAGCUUCAUAGAAAGUAGAAUAACUAGAUUAGAAAAUGUAAUUCAGUGGAUUCAAUUCGGAGACACCGGUGUAUCGACAACUGGCGCUGCUGAAGGGAUAGGAUACAUUAAAACUCCAUUAUCAGAUGAUCCUGAUGAAGUGCCAGAUAUAGAAUUGAUAAGUAUAGGUGGAUCUUUAGUAUCCGAUGGUGGACUUACAGGAAGUAAAGCCGUAAGGAGAGGAAUGAUGAUAAGAGAAGAUGUUUUUAAUGAAGCUUAUGGUUCUGUCGAUAAUACGGAUACCUGGACAGCGUUUCCAAUGUUGUUACACCCAAAGUCAGUAGGAUAUUUAGAAUUGAAGAACAAUAAUCCGUUUAGUCAUCCGAGGAUGUAUGGAAAUUAUUUGACUGAUCCGAGAGAUGUUGCUACAUUUGUGGCAUCGAUUCGCCAUGUCCAGGCGUUGGCGGAUACGGAGCCAUUUCAAAGAUUAGGUGCUAAAAUUCAUCCAGCUCAAUAUCCUGCUUGUAAGAAAUUAACGUUUGAUACAGAUGAUUACUGGGAAUGUGCAGUAAGGACUCUAACAGCAACACUGCAUCAUCAAAUAGCCACAUGUCGUAUGGGACCGGAUUCAGAUCCAUUAGCCAUAGUAGAUCCUGAACUACGAGUAUAUGGCGUAGCGAGACUUAGGGUAGUUGAUUCUAGUAUUAUACCACGUACAGUUGCCGCACAUACAAAUGCCCCCGCAAUUAUGAUUGGUGAGAAGGCAGCCGAUAUGAUAAAGGAAACUUGGAGAUAAAACACAUUAUAUUUAUAUAAUACCUACCUCUUUAAAGUAUUAUUUAAUUUCUAUAUCUAAAAGUUACAAUAAAGUUAUUAAUCCUA